AUGAUGCGCCGUCUCCAGCUAUCGCUUUUGGCAGCCUUGCCGCUCUGCAGGGCCAAAUCUCGGGCCUUUAGCAUCCACGAAGACCUACUGGCCUAUCCGCAGUUCGAGGUCGUCUUCUCCGACCACUUCAUCUCGGAGCAGGAUGCGCAAUCGCUGCUCGAAUACAACAUUGAGCAUCCGACGUACUCGGCCGAGUUCUCGCAGCCCACAAUCAGCGAUGCCAGCGGCAACCAGGGCCAUCAAGAUGGGCGCUACCGCGGCGGCUUGCCUCUCACAUACGAGGUCAUGAACAUGCCGCCGCACCGCUACCUCUGCGCCAUUCCGAUCAUCGAACCCCCGACCCCCGAAAACCAAACCGCGACCGAGCUGGCCAAGGCAGAGGAGGAGCGGGAGCUUGAUCGAGCGGCGAUCAGUGGCUGGAACCUUCUCAGCCAGCUCGAAGACACGUGCCUCUACUUCAUGUCCGGAUGGUGGAGCUACAGGUUCUGCAACAAUCGCGAGAUUGUGCAGUUCCACGCCCUCCCUUCGACUCCCAUGGGGAAACCUCCCCAGCGCGACCCCCAUGCGGCUCAGUACGUCUUGGGCCAAGCUUCCCUCCCCGACGGCUCCGACUUGGACGCGGAACCCAGCUCCGGUGGAACCAAGUCGCCGGCCGAGCUACAAGUCAAAGGCGAUCAACGAUAUCUGGUACAGAAACUCGAAGGAGGAACGAUAUGCGACCUGACAGGGAGGCCGCGCACAAUUGAGGUGCAGUACCACUGUGUUCCAGGGAUGCAAAACGACAAGAUUGGGUGGAUCAAGGAGGUCACAAUAUGCGCCUACGUCAUGGUGGUCAACACGCCGAGACUGUGCGGCGAUGUUGCCUUUUUGCCUCCCGAGGAGAGCAAAGCAGAUGCCAUUACGUGCCAGCUUAUUACCGACGAUGAGAAACAGGCCCCUCCGCUGCUCGAUCAGCGCGCAUCCGAGUAUUUGCGGGAAGAUGAAUUGGUUGAACAAGAAGAGGAAUUGUCGGCGACUGAUGGCGGCCGACUCAAAGUUGGCGGCGUGCUCGUCGGCGGACGCAAGUCCCUCUCCGCUGGCGAUCAGGAUGGCCAGCCUCCUAUGGUACUGUCGCCCCCUCGAAACUACCUCAACACCCAGCAAGCCGCAGAGCAGCUUAUCGAGGUGCUCAUCAAGGCUGCCAGCAAGCAGGAUGGCGGCCAAGUCGACCGGCUCAGCAAGGAGAAGCUCGAGAAGCUGAAUCUCAGUCCCGACAUGGUCGAUCAAUGGGAGCAGGAGAUGAUGGAACGAGCGGGCGACAAGGGGUGGCAGCUGGAGAUUGUGGGCGACGUCGACGACGCCCAGAGACACCUCCGAGGGUGGAUGCAUGAAGAUGAAGAGGGCGACGACGGAGGCUUGGCGGAGGCGGCCAAGGGAGCCAAAGAAAAGGGCAACGGCAAGACCGAUACCACCAAGGCGGCGGACAAGAAGAAGAAGAAGAGCGGCGGGAAGAAGGGCGACGAAGGGAGCGAGGAGCAGUUCUUCAAAGAGGAGCUAUAG